AUGCGGGUGCGUCACUUCCUGGUUACCUCAGUGAGCGUCAGGGCCCCGCGGGGUUCCCUGGUCCAGGCAGCGCUGAGUCAGCCGUCCUCGCUGUCAGCCAACGUGGGAGACACCGUCAGGAUCACCUGCUCUGGUAGCAGCAGCAACUGGUAUGGCUGGUCCCAGCAGAAGGUCCCUGGCACUGGCCCUGUCGCUCUGAUCUACUGGAAUGAUGAGAGACCCUCGGGCAUCCCUUCGCGAUUCUCCGGAUCCUUCUCUGGAUCCCUCUCUGACUCCACGGGCACUUUAACCAUCACUGGGGUGCAGGCCGAGGACGAGGCUGUCUAUUUCUGUGGUGGCUUCGAAGGCAGCCGGUGGCAUCAGCAACUUUGGUGUGUGGAGAGAAUGAGUUCCCUGGUCCAGGCAGCGCUGAGUCAGCCGUCCUCGCUGUCWGCCAACGUGGGAGACACCGUCAGGAUCACCUGCUCCGGGGGUAGCAGCAGCAGCURKUAUGGCUGGCACCAGCAGAAGGUCCCUGGCACUGSCCCUGUCGCUCUGAUCUACGAUAACACCAASAGACCCUCGGGCAUCCCUUCGCGAUUCUCCGGAUCCAAGUCCGGCUCCACGGSCACGUUAACCAUCACUGGGGUSCAGGCYGAGGACGAGGCUGUCUAUUUCUGUGGUGGCCAGGACAGCAAUUAU